AUGUAGUCUUUCCUGUUAGCUGUCCAGUGAGGCAGCUGACAGUGCUCUGCGUGGAGGACAGAGGGAGGGUGGAAGCGUGAGCUGUCAGAGGUACUAGUGGACAGGUCGGUCCAUUUUCCCCAUAUCUUUGCCAAGACGUCUGUCCAUCACCGUGAUAGAUCUACCCGCAUCUUGUGGAUUUAUCUCUGUGUGAGGGACACCUGGGAAGGCAAGGGGAACCUGAGCACAGAGGCAGGAGUCUGCCCCCUCCCCUCUACCCCUCCUGUGUGUGUGGAUGACCUCUGCUCCUCUUCUGCUCCUCAGCACCAUGAACAAGAUGAAGAACUUUAAGAGGCGUUUCUCUCUAUCUGUUCCUCGCACUGAGACUAUUGAGGAGAAUGAAUUCACUGAGCAGAUCAACCAGCUCAACAUUCAGCACAAUAAGGGCCUGACUCCAGACAGACUAGGUCCUCCAUCUCACGAUGCUAGUCCGGUGAGCCCUGAACCAACCACACCAGGAGCUCAGUCUCCAUCUCACCUCCACUACCAAAGCAAGGCCCAGCACAGACGUUUCUCCAUGGAGGAUGUCAGUAAGCGCAUGUCCCUUCCCAUGGACAUCCGCCUGCCUCCAGAGUUUGUCAAGAAACUGCAGCUGGAGAGUGAAAACUCACCGCUUUGCAAACCUGUCAGUCGCAUGUCUCGACGAGCUUCACUGUCUGACAUAGGUUUUGGGAAACUGGAGACAUACGUGAAGCUUGGCAAACUUGGUGAGGGGACAUACGCCACAGUGUUCAAAGGGCGAAGCAAACUAACAGAGAACCUGGUGGCGUUGAAGGAGAUUCGACUGGAACACGAGGAGGGAGCACCAUGCACUGCUAUUAGAGAGGUGUCUCUGCUGAAGAACCUGAAGCACGCCAACAUCGUCACACUGCACGACAUCAUCCACACUGACCGCUGCCUCACACUGGUGUUUGAGUAUCUUGACAGUGACCUUAAACAGUACUUGGACAACUGCGGGAAUCUCAUGAGCAUGCAUAAUGUCAAGAUCUUCAUGUUCCAGCUGCUGCGUGGUCUUUCCUACUGCCACAGGAGGAAAAUCCUCCACAGAGACCUAAAGCCUCAGAACCUGCUCAUCAACGAUAAGGGCGAGCUCAAACUGGCCGACUUUGGUCUGGCGAGGGCCAAGUCCGUUCCCACUAAGACCUACUCCAAUGAGGUGGUAACUCUGUGGUAUAGGCCACCUGACGUGCUGCUGGGCUCCACAGAAUACUCCACACCCAUCGACAUGUGGGGCGUGGGCUGUAUCCUGUAUGAGAUGGCAACAGGUCGGCCCAUGUUUCCUGGUGCCACCGUGAAGGAGGAGCUACAUCUCAUUUUUAGGCUCAUCGGCACUCCAACAGAAGAGACUUGGCCUGGCAUCGGCAGUAAUGAGGAGUUUAGGUCCUACCUCUUUCCUCAAUACAGACCUCAGGCUCUCAUCAACCAUGUGCCCAGGUUGGACACAGAGGGGAUUGACCUGCUGUCUGCUCUGCUGCUGUAUGACAGCAGGAGCAGAAUCUCAUCUGAGGCUGCUCUACGACACCCCUACUUCCUGAGUCUGGGGGAUAACAUACACAACUUGGCAGAAACUGCCUCAGUGUUUUCCCUCAGAGAGGUGCAACUGCAGAAGGACCCAGGCCACCGCAGCUCCGUGUUUCAGCCUUUAGGUCGAGGAAAGAACCGAAGACAAAGCAUCUUCUAGAGGUCACAUAAAGGAGGAACAGAGACACCCAGAAAAGAGGAGCUGCCUCCUCAGACCACAGCACAAAGGCCAAGACAGCUUAGCACAUUCACAAGCAUGCCUAACCUACACGCAAACACCUGCAUGUACAUACAAACUCAUGUGCACUCACUCAUUUCCAUGACAGCUGACCAUGGAGACACAGGGUUUCUGGAAAUAAACUUGUACUGCACUUGUAAUGACUGAGCUGAGAUACUCUCCCUCCCACACACACAUACACACACAAACAUAUAUUUGCGCACAUUUGCACAAGCAGCGACACACUGAACAUGCAGCCAUUACUUAGUUGCACCAGAAACACCAGAAAUGUAAGUAUCCUGCCGAAACACACAUACAUUUCAACCCAGGAAAAAAAUAGGCCACUAAAUAAAACUGCUUGACAUAGUACUACCACGUAUAAUUUCUAUUCAGAGCACACCCAGUGACAAUAGUAAAGGAUAAUGUUUAGGCUUAUCUCUAAACCGAAACAUCAAGAUGUAGAUCAAAGAUACACUCUCUGAUUUUGUUUUAGCAUCAGAUGGUUGCUCCCAGCUCAACAGAGGCAUUCUGUGAUUUGUGGUUGCUUUCAAGGCUUCACCACCCUCUGAAAAUUUUUACCAGGAACCAAAGAGAAGGUAUCUAUUUUUUUUCUUUUUCAUAUUUUAUUUAAUCAUUUAACAUUCCAGUUGCGCUUUAUGUAAAUUUUAUUUCACAGCAUGAAUAUCUAAAUGGUGUUUUAAAGCCUUCUCCAUAUUGCAAGGAGUGACAUACACAAGACUGAACGUGAUUGAUUGGCAUCAUGUAAAUAGAUGAGAUAACUAAAGUUAAAAUGUUAUUAUAGUUUGGCUGUAAACUAUAUGUGAGACUAUAGACUAUAUUUGUCUCCCCAGCACUUGAACAGUGCUAAAACAAACUGAGAUAGAUCUGGCUUUGCGAGACUAUAGUUUGAGUAAUAUUGUGUGUUUUUGAAAUAGGAUUUAUAAAGCGUAACAUCAUUAUCAUCUUACUAGCUAACACAAUAUAGGCUAGUGACGUUGAACUGAUCUAUUCUCAUUGCAUGAUACAUUGACUGCAUUUAUAUGAUACGUUGGCGUUAGCUAGCUAGCCAGCUUUAUCAAACACUGUUUUUAUGGCUUUCACCAAGAGGCUCAGUAAUGUCAGCAUAGCUAAAUUUGCUGGAUGAUAACGCAAACCCAUUAUUGAACUAGAUGGAAUAUUAUGAAUAAGAAAAGUCUUUAUAUGGCCAAGUAACGUUACUGUACUGAAUGGGUCUGGCAGUGGGUUGAGACAACAAUAAUCCUAAACUAACGUCAGUAAUAAACAGAUAUGAGUGGGAUGACUAAUGUUAGACUGGAGAUAAUGCAAAUAAAAUCGACAAAGUAACAAGUUCUAAAGAGCCAGUCAUUUGUUGACAUUAGGGGACUCCAUUUCAAAGCUAACAAUAGCUAGUGUUGCUCACUGUUGGUGCUGUCAGGGAGUGGAAGAGAGGCGUUGAGGCAAGACACUCUGGAGUGAGAAUAAACUUCACAUCCUUUGGAUUUUCCUGGGAAAUUCAUCCAGAGUUUUUUACAUAGAAAUCAGUCCACAGGCUGUUAUAACAAGAACGUUGGGGAAGGUCUAAUUUUUUAAGUUACAUUAAGAUCCGCUAAUACACCUAAAUUGCUUCAGAUUCUUACAUAUAGUACCUUUAAGACUUCAUUUAUUUAUUAGUAUACUGGCCUUAAAGUAGUCUAAUCAAUAGCAGUCAAACCUUGCUGAAUCUGAAAAUACUGGAAUAUGCUUAUAAAAUGCCCUAAGUCACAUAAAGAAAAUGGUAGCUACAGCCCUGGGUGCUGUCAGGCACCUGCUAAAUAACAAACUCACGGUGUGUAUCUUUACAAAGAGUUAGCACAUUUAAUUGUUUCUGUCUUUGUUAGUAAGGGAUCUCACAGGCUAACUAAGCAGCGAAAAUUCUAUCAUGAGGCUGCUGCCUCUGAAACAAACAAUAAUGGUUCAACCUCAUACUGUAUGUUAGCUAAUGCAAAAUGUAUAGAAGCUAAUGCUUUAGGUAACAAUGGUUAGCUACCUGGAUAUGUUAGCUAGCUCAUAAACUGGCAUAAUUUAAACUACAUCAGAUUUGUCUGUGAUGAAAUGAUUAGUUCCAGGUCAGAGAAUUCCCCAGUAUGGCAGCCACGGGUGGGUUAUGUGACCUGACAGUCUUGAAGUUGUAAAUACACAAGUAGUCCAGACAUCGAAAAAGUAGCAACACACUGUUGAUUUACAGUACCUCUACUGACAUGAAGGAAACAUGAACCUUCUAUAGAAACUGACUCCAUUGUGAAUAUAAAACUUAAAUGGAUUCAUGUCGACAAAAUUUGCCUUGCUACAGCGACCCUGUGUUUCAACGCAGUGUGGGGCUUUGUUCCAUACAGCGGUAACAGCUGACUUUCACUCCGGUUUUUGAAGUUGCCUUAGUAAACUGUGCAUGAAAUCUUGGCUCGUGAAGAAUCUAUAUUUGAUCUAGUGUAGCCAAUGUUUUAGGAAGCAUUUGCUUUGUGUUUGUAAGUAACUCACUAUGAGUGUAUGUAUUUCUUAGUGUCCUAUUUGCACAAACCAGAAGUGUCCUCUGAAGCCUGCUCCCUUCCCUUUGUGUCUUAACUUACAUGGUUUCAAAAUAUGACCCCAUAUUGUAUGAAAACCCCUUCAGCCAAUACCAGUUAACUUGGAAAGUAUUUUCUACAAGUACUUUCAUGUAGCAAAUUACUCUCAGUAGGAGUCUCCACUACCCCUUAUGUUUUGCUCAGCUCUAUUACACCUAUUGCCAGGUAACAGCUUUCGGCUGUAGAUCUACAAAAGUCAUGUGAAAUGGGAACAUUUCAAAUCUGGCUUAGUACCCUUCAAAGUUCUUUUGUGAGUGAUUGGGAUUGAGCCCAGAGGUUAUGCUUAUGCCCUAGAUGAUGAAAUGAUCUGCAGUCACAAAAGUUACAGGGGCGUCUGGCUGAGAUCCACUUUCUUAUUUCCUUAAUCUGUCCUAACUCCAUCUCCCGCUGUGUCCAGCGCUGAGUUCCAGCAGAAAAGGAAAUGCUGAGGGGAGGGUUCCUAAUGUAAGCCAGCAACAAGGGGUUUGGGCCACAUUACUGACCUGUGGGGUGUGAUCAAGGUUUUCUGUUAAAUUAACAGUGUACUAUGAAAGAGAAACUAAAAGACUGUGUCGAACACAAUAGUGGCUUCCUAUAACAAUCAUUCUCCAAGUCACUAGAAUUGUGCUGUGCUUUUAGAUCAGCAGACAUAUAAAUAAGAAGUUGCAUAUAAAGAUGUCACCAUCAUUAAUUUACUAAUUUAUUGAGAUUGAGUUGUACUUGGACCAAAUAUGUUUUAUAAUUUGGUGUAGUAGGACAAAUGGUGGACCGGUCAUGGACUAUUUCCUUUGUAUAUAAUCAUGAUUCAAUCCACAGUAUGUGUAUGAAUAUCCUGAGUCUUGCAGGUCAUAGGCUAUCCAGGAAUGCUAAGUGAACAGCAACUGGACUUGCUGUAGAUUUUUGAAGACAUUUUGCCUUUCAUCCGAAAAGGCUUCCUCAGUUAUGAUUGAUUUGCAGGAAGUCCAAGCUGAAGUGAGCUCUCUCAACUUUUACCAAGGUCUCAGACCUUAAUUAGCUUGUUAGGGCUAUGGCUUGUUCACAAUCAUCAUUUGGAAAGGCCACAUGAUGCAAAUUUCAAGGCUUUAUAAAUACUCUGACUCCUCAAACCUUGUCCCAACAAUCAGCAGCCAUGGACUCAUCUAAGUAGCUGCUAAGCACUCUGAAAAUUAAAAUAAUUGAUGCCCACAAAACAGGACAAGGCGAUACAGAGACCUGCACAAAUAUGACCUCUAUGGAAGAGUCAGAGGAAAACCCAUCCUGUGUCCUCGCCAAAAAAUGCCACAUCAGAAGUUGCAAAGGAAACAUCUAAACCAGCCUGAUGCAUUUUGGAAACAAGUCCUGUGGACUGAUAAAAUUAAAAUAGAACUUUUGUCACAAUGAGAAAAGGUAUGUU